AGUGCACCUCAGUGCCACCUAUCGGAAAAUCCCGCAUUCACAAAAAUCAACAUGGGAAGAAGUCGGAGUCGGAGUCGAUCUCCAAGAAGGGAAAGAAGACGUUCAAGAUCUAGGUCCAGGGACAGAGAUAGAGAUAGAUACAGAAAAGAAAGAGAUUAUCGUAAACGUUCCAGGUCCAGAUCUCCACGAAGACGCAGGUCAAUCUCACCCAGAAGAAGAUCAAGAUCACGAGACCGUAAUAGAGAUCCACGAGACAGAGACCGCGGUGGAAGAGAUAGGAGGGAAUAUGAUAAUGCUUCUGAUGAAGAAAAAGCGUACAAAGUAGCAGAGCAGCCUGCCAUAGAGUUAGAUCCAUCUCAGCUAGAAGGAAAAUCUGAAGAAGAAAUUGAAAUGAUGAAGAUAAUGGGAUUUGGAGGUUUUGAAACCACCAAGGGGAAAAAAGUCGACGGUAACGCAGAGGGUGCUGCAAACAUUCUUCAAAAACGAAGAUACAGGCAAUACAUGAACAGAAGGGGUGGAUUCAACAGACCACUUGACUUUAUCGCCUAAAAACGCGGGUUUUAUAAGAAACGUGGAUUGACUUGAAGUGAAAUAUUUAUAAGAUUUUCAAGGAUCGCUGAUGCGGAUUGAAACUGAUAUUGAGGGAUUGCGCUAGAGGAGACAGUGCGAUAAGAUACUUGUUUUAUAUCUUGCACGUCAUUGAUGUUGGUGAGAAGUUGAUCAGUAUUCGAGAACUAGGAUAUAGAUAGCAUAAUGAUUUCACAUUUUUAUGAACUCGUCAUUUUCAUUCAUUGUACGGUAUAUUAGUAACGAAGCAG